ACCAGCUACAUUUCCCAGCUGGCCUCACUCACUGCCCGACCACGCCAGGCCCUGCUGGGCUUGGGGAAAGGGUGACAGGCCAGGAUUCUCCACAGCUGCCAUUUCAUCUACAAUCACAUUUAAAAUUUCCCUCCAUCUUGAGCAUGUCUUACCCAGGGGUGUGCUUUCUCAGACCUCCCUGCGAUGAGAGAGAAGACGGGGAGAAGCAUAUGGGGCUGGCUCAGAUCCCAUCCCCACAGCCCGGCUUCCACAUGGCUGAGCAGGAACUCUGGAGCAGACGCACACAAAGGAGGGCUUUGAGGUGGCUCCAGCCAGGCCCAGGCUGAUCCCCUCUCCCCCCCUGGUGCGUCACUUGCCCCAAUCUGGGCCUCCCUGUGAGCCUGAUUUAACGGGAAACUGUGGGCCGUGAGAAGUUCCUUGUGACACGCUAAUUCCAACCUGCUGACUGGACCACGCCCCCAGAGGAGGCAACCUCCAGGCCCUGGAGGACACAGGCACCAGGUGUCCCAAGGAGGAGCCGCUGACUUGGCAGGAAGGAGGUUGCCUGGAGAGGCCAGGACAGAAGAAGUGGGGUCCUUCAUUUUCCGAGCACUCCGAGUCUUCCAGAGGCAGCAUGUCAGAGGGGGUUGCUGGGGGUCUCUUCCUGUCUUUUCCUGACCUCUCUGCCCAGGCGGGCACAUUCCGCAUGGUCCCUGAAGAGGAACAAGAGCUCCGUGCCCAACUGGAGCGGCUUACAACCAAAGACCACGGACCUGUCUUUGGCCAGUGCAGCCAGCUGCCCCGCCACACCUUGCAGAAGGCCAAGGACGAGCUGAAUGAGAGGGAGGAGACCCGGGAGGAGGCGGUGCGGGAGCUGCAGGAGCUGGUGCAGGGGGAGGCAGCCUCGGGGCAGGAGCUGGCCGUGGCCGUGGCGGAGAGGGUGCAGGGAAAGGACAGCGCCUUCUUCCUGCGCUUCAUCCGCGCGCGCAAAUUCCACGUGGGCCGAGCCUACGAGCUGCUCAGAGGCUAUGUGAACUUCCGGCUGCAGUACCCAGAGCUCUUUGACAGCCUGUCCCUGGAGGCUGUCCGCUGCACUGUCGAGGCUGGCUACCCUGGUGUCCUCUCCAGUCGGGACAAGUAUGGCCGAGUGGUCAUGCUCUUCAAUAUUGAGAACUGGGACUCUGAAGAAAUCACCUUUGAUGAGAUCUUGCAGGCAUACUGUUUCAUCCUGGAGAAGCUACUGGAGAAUGAGGAAACUCAAAUUAAUGGCUUUUGCAUCAUUGAGAACUUCAAGGGCUUUACCAUGCAGCAGGCUGCUGGACUUCGGGCUUCAGAUCUCAGGAAGAUGGUGGACAUGCUCCAGGAUUCCUUCCCAGCCCGCUUCAAAGCCAUCCACUUCAUCCACCAGCCGUGGUACUUCACCACAACCUACAACGUGGUCAAGCCCUUCUUGAAGAGCAAAUUGCUCCAGAGGGUCUUCGUCCACGGAGAAGACCUCUCCAGCUUCUACCAGGAGUUCAACGAGGACACCCUGCCCUCUGACUUUGGGGGCACACUGCCCAAGUAUGACGGCAAAGUCGUUGCUGAACAGCUCUUUGGUCCCCGGGCCCAAGCUGAGAACACAGCCUUCUGAGAACAUCCCCUGCCAUCUGAUCUGUAGUUAGUGUCCCUGGGCCUCUCCUCAGCUGCCCUGGACCCAGAAGGCUGGGAAAAGGGCUGCCUGGGAUGACUGUGGUUCCUCUGAACCUUCCUAAGCUUGGGUGAGCUCAGGUGUCACCCUCCUCCCAAGCUGGGGGGCAAUAAAAAAGCAGGGGAAUUCCCUUGAGCAAGAAGAAGUGAGGGCAGUUAUAUUCCUACUGCCUCUGAAGCUUUAGGACGGAGACUUGUGUGGGGUUGAGUGUCAAAGACUCUAAUCAAGCUUCUCAGUGAUUUUCUUUGUAAUAGUUUUACUAUUUAGGGUCUGUGAAAAUAGGCAAGGAGGCUGGUUUAAAAGUCUCUCCCACCCCUAAAAAUAUAAAAAAGAAGAUAAGAGAGGGGGAAUAUAAGUGAAAAUGAUCUGGCAAGUAUAGUGAUCUUGGUGGCUGGUAGGCAGGUGAAACGCUUUCCACGGGUAAUUCCAGGGUGGAAGCAGCCUUGAAGUAGCUCCAUUUUGGGGUGGUCUGGUCCCCCUCAGUCAGGUGCAGUCUGAUGUAUGCAGUGGUGGUCAGGAGCUUGGACUUCCUUCAAGGGUGGCAGUUGUGUCCCCCUCCUGUCUGUGGGGUCUCUCCACCAAAGCUCUCUCCUCCAGACCCCUUGCCUCAACGGAUGGUUUUACUUAGAUUUACAGAUGGUAUCCUCUCUGAGCACUCUCCCAGUCCUCAAGUUAUACAGUGAAAGCUCUUCUUUGUCUUCAGUCUCAGACACCUUAUAGAAAUGAACUUCUACUUUCAAGCUCUGCAUAUUUAGACAAAUAUAAAUGCUUUCCUUUCUGUGCAGUUGGCUUUCCUCAAGUGUCUGGUGACUUUUGAGUGUGUGCUGGGCAUGCUGCUCUGUCUU